AGUGUUAUAGAGAGAGAAGGGGAAGCGGUGAGAGAGAGAAAGAGAUAGAGAGAUAGAGAGAGAGAGAGAAGAAGAAGCUGAAGUUUCGGUUUGAUUUAUAAUAUAUGAAGGAAGAAAAGCCAUGGUAUCUGACCAAGAUAUAGCAAGAGGUGUAGAGAUUGUUCUCCGUCAAUCUAACCCUAACUCCGUUACCACUCUUAACGGCAUCGUUCAACAGCUUGAGGUGAAACUAGGUCAAGACCUUUCUCAUAAAGCUUCUUUCAUCAAAGAUCAGAUCAAUCUCCUCCUUGGAUCUCCACCUCCACCGCAAACGCAACCGCAAACGCAAACCCAACAACAACAACAACAGCCGUUAAAGGACCAUUUUGCACUUCAGCAGCAGAAUGUUCAUUAUCGCCCACAAGGAAACCCUCAAUUUCUUUCCCAUUUUACCCUUCAACAACAGCAGCAACAACACCAUCUCCAGCAGCAAUUCCAUCACCACCAGCAACAACAACAACAACAGCAGCAGCAGCAGAUAUUCCGAGCUGAAGACCUCAAUUUCCGACACCCAUUUCCAUCUCAGCAGGUAGAACAACAGCAGCAGCAGCAGCAGCCGGCGGCGACUCAUUUGCAGACGGCGCCGGUGGGUAAAGCUGUUAUUCCAAAUGCAGCAGCGAAAGCAACGAAAACCCCUAAAUCAAGUGCUCCUGCUGGAACCAAAAGAAAAGGUGGGGCUGGUGGUUUGAAUAAGGUCUGUGGAAUUUCACCUUUACUUCAGGUUGUUGUUGGUCAAUCUGCCUUGCCCAGGACUGAGAUUGUAAAGCAGCUAUGGGCAUAUAUCAGGAAACAUAAUCUUCAGGAUCCUAGUAACAAGAGGAAGAUAAUAUGCGACGAAGCACUCGAAAAGGUUUUCGAAACUGAUUGCACUGAUAUGUUCAAAAUGAACAAACUGCUUGCUAAGCAUAUACUCCCUCUCGACCCGACAACUCAGGAGGCAUCACAAUCGAAAAGGAUGAAGACUGAAGAUGUUGAUGAGUCUUCUAAUUCUACUAAUGAGAUUCCCAAACCUUCUAGUCCUACACUUGUGGUACUAUCUGAUGCGCUUACCAAGUUUUUGGGCGUCGGAGAAAGACAGAUGCUCCACUCUGAAGUCCACAAUCGUGUUUGGGAAUACAUCAAAACUAACCAUCUUGAGGAUCCCUUAAAUUCCAUGUCGAUAAUAUGCGAUGAGAAGCUUCGUGAACUUCUAGGGUGCGAGAGCAUAUCUGCUUUGGGUGUGCCUGAGAUGUUAGCCCGCCAUCAUCUCUUCAAACAAUGAUGAUCAUCAUCAUGGUAAUAACACGAAGGAAGAAGAAAUAGGUUUCUCGCAACUGUCUUCUUGAUGAUGUCCAUGGAGAAAAAAACAAAAGCUGACUUCAAUUAUUGUUUUUUUUUAAUUGGAUUUCUUAAGUAAUGUAUUUAUUUAGUGCAAAUGACUUGGUAAGAUGUUAUGGUAAUACUUCUUAGUUGUUAUUUCAGUAGAAAGAAGGGAAUGGUAAGUCUAACUGUGUGGGCUUAAUGACCCAUAUCAAUUCCCUUUUUUUUUUUUUGUAAUUAUGCAAUGGAUCACUGUAGGUUCUGUACUACUACUGCUAACCUUUUAGUAGGUUAUAUUAUCAUGCAAAUUACAAUCUCUUUAGUUAUUGUGGUUAAGUAUAACU